AUGACAAGGAGGUGUUUGGGAGCAUUUCUGAGUAACUUGAAGAAAGGAGGAGGAUUACCCAAGGCUGGGGUUGUAAUCCAACCAUUACCUACAGAGGAGGUGACGGUGGAGAUGACGGAGGACAUAGAAAAGGAAACCAGGAAAAGCACUCUGGCCUUCGAGGAUCCUAAGGAGACUGUUAACGUAGACUUCUAUGGCAGACCCUCUAGAGUUGCGUUGGAGGAAAUGGUGGUUGAGACGCAGCCGGAGGUGGCUGAGGAAAAGAAGAAGAAAAAGAAGAGCAAAGGAAAGAAGGUUGGAGAAGAUGAGCCAUCCCAUCAUUGCAAAGCAGAGAAGAAAAUCAAAGAGAAGGAGAAUGAAGAAGUUGAGGAGGCCAAGCCAAGGAAGAGGAAAGAGAGGGGAGAAAGGAAAGAGCGCAGGCGUGAGGAAAGGCGCCUGAAAAAGGAAGAAGAAAGAAAGAGGAGGGCUGCAAGCCCAGAGAUGGACGGGAAAUCCACCUCCAUGAGGGAGGACAUGGGGGGACCAGCGCAGCUUAGAGAUCCAGUGCAACCUAAAACAACGCAGACGAUUGCCCUCAAAAUUUGA